ACGUGUGAAUAAAUCAUUGCUCCUUCAGAAGCUGCUGAUCUUCGGCCUGAGAAGCGGAGCAGCAGUUAUGAAAUGCUGCCACCAAACCUGUCCGAGCUGAGGGUCGUUCUGCUGGGGAGCAGCUGGUCUGAGAGGAGCUCAGUGGGGAACUUCAUCCUGGCCGAGUGUCUUCACUUCAAUCAGUUCAAGUCUGAGGAAGAACCGGACUGUAUAAUACAAAGAGGAUGGCUGAAGGAGAAAGAAGUGGUUCUGAUCAACACUCCAGAUCUGCUGCUUUCCUGGACAUCCAAUCACAGCCUGUGUGAAGCAUGCAGGCGCCUCUCUGAUCCUGGACCUCAUGUGUUCCUGCUGGUUGUACAGCCUGAAGACUUCACGGAGAAACACAAAGAGAAGCUCUGCCGUUUUCUUGAGCUCUACAGUGACCGAUCAUUUGAUCAUUCACUGCUUCUGUUAUCAACACCCAGAGAGCAGAGCUCAGCGUUCAUGAGAAGAUGUUUGCAACAUCCGCCCUUAAAAGAGAUGAUCGAGAAAUGUAAAUCCAGGUUUCUGUGGAGGGAAAAGCUUGAACCGGCAGAGCUGUUAACACGGCUGGAAGAAGUUGUGGAAGAGAACAACGGAGAGCAUGUUGGAGCAUAAACACGCACCAGGGAAAUCGGUAUCUACAGCUGGUGUAGAUCUUUAGUUAAGAUCUACACCAAGAUGCCUUCUCUUCAAACUGUGAUGUGUGGUGGUUUUUUGCGAGUGAGUGUGAACCUUGUUGUCUGUCCACUAACAUCUCCUCAGGCUGAAUCUUGCUCACCAAGAUGGCGCCGUUGAUGGCCGCCACGGUGCGCUUUGUUUUUGUUGCUUUUGUUGUUAAUUACGUUUGCUGAGCAUUUAAUUCCACUUUAUUUUAUUACAGUUUUCUGUUGAUCGGGUUUUUUUUGUUUGAAGAAUAAUCUGUAGCUGAAACAGAAAGUACAGGUCCUGUGGAAAAGAGGACAAAGGGUGAGGCAACGUCCUAACUGAAAUAUUGCUGAAGGCUUCAGACAUGUGAAUGAAAUGAAACAGGAUAGCCGUGAGAACGCCUGCGAUAAAUAAGUGUGAUGUGGCUCAAGGACACUCUGCUGCUGACCAGCAGAAAUCCUCCACCAGGCUCUGUUGUCUUGUCUGUCUACUGUCGCCCACCAACCACCAAGACAAAUUCCUUGUAUGUUUGACAUAUUUUGGCAAAUAAAUGUUUCCUGAUUCCUGAUUCCUGAAGGACCUCUCACGCUUUGUCAGAACACCUUUUAUUACCUGCUCUAUGGACUCUCUGCUGACUCCUCACCCACAAGUCUUACCUGGGGGGACGAGUGAUAGAGACACAGCAUCUCACGGAUCGGAGACCAGAGACUUGGGUGUCUCCUCGCUAACAGUAAAACUGCCAGAUGUGUCCAGAUGUAAGAUGAAUUCAUUCCAUCAGGAAUGAAUAAUAAAAACAUUCACAAACCCGUAAAGAAGGAAUGGAAUAAAGGGCUUUGUGGAACAACCGACUUCGCCACGCACGCACACCUUGAGUACGGUGUCCCGCAGCGUGCACACGGAACGCGAACAUAAGCAUUGAACAGAUGAUGGACAGUUCUGGUUAGACAUGUUUAGUUUACUUCAUCAAUGCAGGUAAAACACUGUACAACUAACACACAACUAUGUAAUCAGUCGCAGACAAUAUGGAUGUGGAUUAAAAAGGAACUUGUUAAAUGAC